AUGGAUUCUGGGUGCUCAAAAGUGAGGAGUGGAGAGAUGCAGGGCCAUGAGUGUGCCGUUCAAGAACCAUUUGAAGCUAAUGAGGUUUCUUUAUUGUCCCCCUCAGGUACUUCACCAGGUACCACCAUGACUGUUUGCAAUGCCACGCAGGGCCAUCCUUCUUUCUUCAUUCUCCAGGGCAUUUCUGGGAUGGAGGACAAACACAGAUUGAUAUCGAUUCCUUUCUCCUCCAUGUACUUCAUUACUGUGUUUGGGAACUGCACCAUCCUCUUCAUUAUCUCCACAGAGCGUUCCCUGCACAAGCCCAUGUUCCUGCUUCUCUGCCUGUUGGCUCUUACAGACCUGGGCAUGUCCACAGCCACCAUUCCCAAGAUGCUGUGUAUUUUCUGGUUUGACCAGAGUAAAAUCACCUAUGAAGGCUGCCUGGUACAGUUGUUCUUCAUUCAUUCCAUCUCUGCUAUGCAGUCGGCUGUUCUAAUGACCAUGGCCUUUGACCGCUAUGUGGCCAUCUGUGAGCCCCUGCGCUAUGCCACCAUCCUUUCCAAUAGUCGCGUUGGGCUCAUUGGUCUAGUGAGUUUGGUAAGAGCUGUGCUCUUUAUUCUCCCCAUGCCCAUCCUCCUCCAGCAGAUGCCCUAUCAUGCCAGUCAUGUCAUCCCCACCACUUACUGUGAGCACAUGGCUGUAGUGAAGAUGGCUUGUGUGGACACCACAGUCAACCGGAUAUAUGGUUUGGUGGUGGCCUUGCUAGUUGCUGGGCUAGACCUCUCAGCUAUUGCUUCUUCUUAUGUGCUAAUCAUCCGGGCUAUAAUGCGUCUCUCUUCUAAGGAAGCCCACCACAAGGCCGUCAACACUUGCACCACACACAUCUGUGUCAUGCUUAUCUCUUACACCCCUAGUCUUUUCUCUUUUCUUGCUCACUGCUUUGGCCAAGGCAUUCCACCCCAGGUUCACACCAUACUUGGCAACCUCUACUUCCUUGUGCCUCCAAUGCUCAAUCCUAUAAUUUAUGGAGUGAAAACUAAGGAGUUUCGGAACAAAGUGACCAAGUACAGCUGCUGGAGGAAAGAACACACAACCACUGUCCAUGGUCAGAAACUUGUCUGA